UGUGUUUUGUCCAGCCGGAUGCAAAAUAUUUGGCGCCGACAAACUAGGUGAUCUUCAGGGGAACGCCAGCUGGAUGGAUGUUUUCAAACAGGUUAAAUCACUGUUCGUGCGGAUUAACCUUGUCCUCGUGCAACACGACCAGCCAAGAAAACUCAGCGUACCUGACAGGACUGGUUCAUUUGAUCUGCCAUUGAUGGAAGCGGCAAGCGGUGCUUCCAUCAUCGGGCUGAAACAGAUGAACUCGCGCAUCCACAGAGUUCCGGAAGUGGACCAACCCGUGUUGGUUCAUCAUCACCAACAUAUCAAUGAUCCGCAGACUCACGAUCGGUGCUAGUCCGUGGAAAAUGAAGGAAAAUUCUUUUUAAACACCAUCAACUUAUUUUAACAAUAAAAACGUUGAACAAAGCAGAAGAGAACAGACGAGAUGACGAAAAACAAAAAAAAAAAAACAAGGUAGUUUGAUACGUUGACAGAAAUCCAGAAAAUCUGGCCAAAAAUACACGUUAUGGAAAAAAUGCUCAUUGAAAUAUACUAAACUCUUUAUUUACUCAGUAUUCUUCCCGAAACGUGUUCCUUGCAAGUACGGUUGGUGUCUUGGAUGAAAGGGUGGGCCACGGUCAGCUGGAGGUACUCAUAAUCAAGUUCGAUUCCACUCAAAAUCAAGUUCGAAUCUCGAAAUGAAAAUGAGUGGUUUUCUAAACUUGAUUUAGAGUGGAUUGUUUACUCAAACGGCAGUUCAAAAGCCGAACUUGUCAUUUUUAAUGACGUUUUAGUUUUCCGCACAGUCUUUCAAGUUUUGCCGCUGAGUUCAGUUAGAUACAGGUAAGUUCCUUUUCAAACUUUCCGGAUCUAGUUCCGGGUUGUCUCAAAGGGGCAAAUACAGUUAUGCACCUUGCGGAUUAUUUUUCUCCUCCGUCUAGUUUUGCACCUUCCGAGUUGUCCGGAAGAGGCAAAAAACUUCCUCCUCCAACAUAUUUUGCUACGUCCGGACAAUUCGGAUGGCCAAAAAAAUUGUUCGGACGUUGCAAAAUAUGUUGGAGGAAGAAGUUUUCUCUUUGUUUUUGCCUCUUCCGGACAAUCCGGAAGGUGCAAUCCAAGACGGAAGAGAAAAAUAAUCCUUUGUUUUUGACAUUUCAAAUUGGUCGGAAAAUGCAAACACGCUUUCUUUCAACAGAAUUUCGUAACAGUUACUGAUCGCGGAAUUCGACGCGGACGGUCGGAAUUGGUUCGCUGGGUCAACGCGGAUGGUCGGAACUGUCGUGGGGGAAAAAGUUGGGGUUUAUCCUCCAGCGCAAACCCGAAAAAACGAAAAAAAAAACAAACCACUCCCACUGGAUUGUGUCCAAAUGGUGGUCCGACGGAAGCUGCAACUGUGACUCCUCGUAAUAUCGAUGACCGCUCCAGCACCUCGGGUUCAAUCUGUUUCCGCGAUUGGACCGUCAGCUAACCGAUACUACUCCAAGAGCCUAGCUACGAGACAAUCACCUUUCCAUUUUGCCCACUCGCACGCUUAAGACGCCACUCUCCUACGCCGGGGAGAUGCUCGUGACGCACGACGCGACCAGGACCGCGUACAAUCUGUUCAAAACGUGCCCCGGCCCGCAGUCGGUCGGCAACCUCGGCCAUCUGGACAAUUUUAAUCCACCUACCGCGGACGAACUUGCUGCUGCUGAAGUGCCGAAGUAGAAGUUAGGUUUUGGAGGUGUUUGGGUCGUCGCUGGUGAGCAAACCAGCUGCCGGUUGAAAUGACUUUGCCGACUAUGCGGCGUUUGGAUCGGUGCCUGUGCCGGCGGCUCCUUAGACGAUGUUAGGUGUUAGAGUUCGGUGGCCAAAACUUUCACCACGCCUGCGUUUAUUGCCGACACCAGCACGAUUCAAUGAUUGGCCAACUCUAACACAUGUGGAGCAACCCAUUCCAACUGCAGCCGAUGGAAUGUUUGCCAAGUUGGUCACUUACAAUACGUCUCUUCGUCAUCGUCCACGCCAACGGCCAACUACACCCAGCCAACGUAAUCUUCCCCAGGAUCAUCUACGAUGGUCUCAGCUGCGCCUUCAGUCUCAACAUCACCUAUUCCAGCGCCCAACAAGCAAGCUUCUCUAGAUACCCCGGUGUCGAAGGCCGAUGUGGUUCAGCCUUCAGCACCAACUCCACGGGCCCAUAUCGGAUCCGUCUCAAGCAGAUAAAUCACCAAAAUCGGACAACCUCCAGCUCGCGCCAGCAUUACACUUUCCAGCAGCAUCCGCAGGGCAUCAUGAUGAAGGGAAUCACCGAGGACCGCACCACCACUAUCAAGCGUCGCAAGUCGGCGGCGGGGACGGAGAAGGUCGGGGUCAUGGACACGUAACCGGACCCGGUGGAUCACAUUGCGUUACCGGAGCGUUUGUGCUCGAGGACGAACUGCUGCAGGUGGGUGCGUCGAAGGCAUCAGGUUACUGUGGAAUCCGUCGCCAAAUGAGUAGAACGUCAUCAAAUCGCCACAGCAGUCGGGUCCCCCGCCGAGCGGGCUAGCCAAUCAUCAACACAUCGUCCAGAUCCGAGAAAUUGGACCGGCCAGAUCCGUAGACUACGGUAGUUUGAUGAACUCGCGCGAUCAUUCACCACCGUUGGAAGAAAGUUUGAGGCCACAUACCUCAAUGUUUGACGCGUUGGCAUCUCAGAUCUGCUCGGAUCUGCUUCAGUCAUCCUAUCAAAGCCACAUGAAACAGGCCGCGGGAAGCAAACUAUGUGGCACGAACCCAAAACAUCGUCCUUUUCGGCAAUUCCCCCUUCGCAGAACCAUCAAUCGGCAAACUGUCGAACCAUGUCCCGGACCGAUCGGAAAGUACCAGAACCUUUCACCAAACGGAUGGGGCCCUGGAAUGCCACCCUGCCGGGGAAGCAACCAGCAGUCACAUGCAAUCGCGGCGGAGGAAUUGGCAGCAACCGACCAGGACCACCAAUCGCGUGAAAAAAGGAGAACGAUGGGAUUUUAUUUAUUAUAAUACGUUCUUCGACAAAAAAUCAAGAAUAGGAAAGAAUUAGUGCAAUUUGUUCGAUCAAACAUCCUUGAUCAUAAGUCAAAUUUGAGCUGCAAAUUUGUUUAGGUAAAUCUUGAUUAUCUCCACAGCUCUUUUAUCUUUACUCCGUUGAAUUUAGAUUUUGAUGAGUUUUUAUACGCAUUAUUUUUAUGUUUUGUCUUGCUGCAUUUCAAAUACAUGCUUUAUUUAUUCAAUACAAAGCUCAUAGCAUGGAUUUUAACGGUGCAGCCCAGGCAAUACACAUCCCAAUGCUAAUGAAAAUUACAUCAGAUUCUAGAUUCAACGGAGCAAAAAAUUUUUUUGGAUUGGGUAAAUUUACGUAGAUUUCAUCGGAAAUUUACAUUUUUUCGUGACAGUUUUGUUCGGUACGUUUACAUCGGAUGGCAUUUAAAUUUCCGAUGAAGUUCAUGUAAAUUAGCAUCAUUAAUGACGUGCACUUUUGGUACAUCAUAAAUGAUGUAAAUUUACCGGAUUUUUUUUUCU